CAUACAUACUGCGCGAACUAUCGACGUGUGUGUAAGUGCCAGUAUGUUGAAUAACAGUAAGUAUGUGGGUCUGGACAAAGGCUUCAAGACUCGCAAACACGCCCUUCGAGAAACAGUCGACGCACACUUCGACUAUAAGAAUUGGGUCAUUGGCGAGGGAACGUACGGUCUCGUAUACAAAGCCAAGCGUAAAGUUACUGGAAG